AUGUUUUUAAAAAAAUUGAAAGAUCAAGAGUUCAAUUAGAAAGAUUUUUCCUCUGAAGAAAAUGAAGAAUCUAGAUUAAGUCUAAUUAAUAGAAUCAAGAAUAAUAGAAGGAUCAUUAAAUUUCUUUAAUUUUUAGUUCAUCUCACAUCCAUUGAUGAAACUUUGAUACAAUGUGGGUCUAAUUCAUUACAUGUAUUAGUUUAGAUGAAAGUAGACCUUAAAAAAAAAAAUUUUGAAAAAAUAAAGAUUUAAAAUACUUCUUUAGUGGGAGCUAAUUUUGUUAGAUGCAAUUUAAGUAGAUCCGAAUUAAAAAAUGUUAACAUAAAUGGGAUUAAUUUGAAUGGAGCAUUAUUAUUUAAUUGUAAAUGGAAAGACUUAAGAAUCCAUGAAUUAAAUAAAUUAAAUGGUCAUACUGGAUAUGUUUUAUCAGUUUGCUUCUCUCCAGAUGGAAAUAAAUUAGCUUCUGGUAGUGAUGAUAAGUCUAUCCGUCUAUGGGAUGUCAAAACAGGAUAAUAAAAAGCCUAAUUAUUUGGUCAUUUAUAUCAAGUCAAAUCAGUCUGUUUCUCUCCUGAUGGAAAUACAUUAGCAUCUGGUAGUGAUGAUAAAUCUAUCCGUCUAUGGGAUGUCAAAACAGGAUAAUAAAAAGCCUAAUUAUUUGGUCAUUUAUAUAAAGUCAAAUCAGUUUGUUUCUCUCCUGAUGGAAAUACAUUAGCAUCUGGUAGUGAUGAUAUGUCUAUCUGUCUAUGGAAUAUAGCAACAAGAAAAAUAUAAGCUAAAAUAAUAGGUCAAACUAUGGCUGUCGAUUAAGUCAUUUUCUCUCCUCAUGGAAAUACAUUAGCUUCUUGUGGUGGCGAUAACUCUAUCUGUAUAUGGAAUGUCUAAACAGGGUAAUAAAAAGCCAAAUUUAAUGGUUAUAGUGGAACUGUCUACUCAGUGUGUUUCUCUCCUGAUGGAAAUACAUUAGCUUGUGGUAGUAGUGAUAAGUCAAUCUCUCUAUGGGAUGUCAAAACAGAAUAAUAAAAAGCCAAUUUAGAUGGUCACUCUGGUUAUGUUAAAUCAAUUUGUUUUUCUCUUGAUGGAAAUACAUUAGUUUCUGGUAGUAAUGAUUAGUCUAUUCGUCUAUGGGAUGUUAAAUUAUAAUAAUAAAAAACCUAAUUAGAUGGCCAUAAUGAUUGUAUUAACUCUGUCUGUUUCUCUCCUGAUGGAAAUAUAUUAGCAUCUGGUAGUGAUGAUAAGUCAAUCUCUCUAUGGGAUGUCAAAACAGGAUAAUAAAAAGCCUAAUUAUUUGGUCAUAGCGAUACUGUUAGAUCAGUGUGUUUCUCUCGUGAUCGAAAUACUUUAGCAUCUGGUAGUGAUGAUAUGUCUAUCUGUCUAUGGAAUGUCAAAACAGGAUAAUAAAAAGCCUAAUUAGAUGGUCAUUUAUAUCAAGUCAAAUCAGUCUGUUUCUCUCCUGAUGGAAAUAUAUUAGCUUCUGGUAGUAGUGAUAACUCCACCCGUCUAUGGGAUGUCAAAACAGGAUAAUAAAUAGCUUAAUUAGAUGUUCAUGAUGAUUGUAUCAACUCAGUCUGUUUCUCUCCUGAUGGAAGUACAUUAGCUUCUAGUAGUGCAGAUAAAUCUAUUUGUCUAUGGGUAGUAAUGACAGGGUAAAAAAUUUCAUUCGUUGACAAAAAAUAUAAAGAUAUUCUUGCUUAAUUUAAAGAACCACUUUUUUUAAAUAAUCCUAUACCAGGUAUUUAUUUUAUUAUUAUUUAAUAGAACCCAACAAUAUUACAAUUAUUAGAAUAUCUUAAACACCAUUAUUUCAAGCAUAAGGGGCUUUAAUUUUGAAAGGAGAUUUUAUAAAUUAUGAAGGAUAAGAUCUAAAAUAAUUAUUCAAAUCAAAAGGAUGCUGCUUUUUAGAAGACUUAAAGUAAAAGUGA